AUGGCGACGCAGCAGAUUCUGUUUGCCGAAACAAUAGCGGGUAUGAAGAAAGCUUUCAAAAGGAGAGCAUAUGAAAAAACGCCAUCGCUAACCGCUGGGGGGUUCCUUCCUCGCUCGCGCACGACAGAAUCCGACUCCGACUCCGAAAUAGAAUACCAUAGCAACCGUGGGCACAAGCUCAAGAAAAAGGGUCGCUUUGCGCACAAGGGCCAACUGGUACCGCCUUCAGGGCCCAGCGCCUACAAAGAGGAAAUCGAUUACGCCGGAUCUCGUCGAUCCAUCAUUUAUCGCAAUCCGCCGCUCGUGGAUGACGACGGCUACGAAGUCUUUAGCGAGGACGAGCCCGACCGCGUGGAGAGUGCCGUCCAGGCGGCGGCCGAGCUCAACCCCUACGCCAAUAUACGCCUAGAACACACUCUCGCUCCGUUGAUCGCGGCGACCGACCUCGCAUCCCACCCGACCCUCUCGAAGCCGUUCCUCUCCAAAAGGCUCAACGAGCUGGUUGACCACAGCUGCAAGCUUAUGCGCAAAGAAAACCAUUCGUUAUGGGAGGUGCGGCAGCUGUGGACGUCACUGUAUGGUGACAACACUUGGAUACCGUGCGAGCUCAUGAUUGGUGAGAACGACACACAAUUAUAUACACAAGACCAGGUCACACGCCGCCUAGAAGCGCUGUCAGCAAAUACAGAGAAGGCCGCGGUUAACGGUGACGCCGGUGCGGAACUGGCCACGCUGAACGGCACAAGGACAGAAUUUGGCGACGAUUUGAAUAACGGCGGCGACGUGUCCAUGGACGAUGCGGGAGCGAGUAACGGGGAUAUUGAUACCAGAGACAAGGAUACAGCAAAGGACUUUGCAAAAGAUGGGGCGAAUAUUACGAACCAGAACCACAAAGACGGCACUAUAGAUUCAACGGACGCCGAGGGAGGUUUAGGAAAGGCGGACAGCGCGACAAGAGCGGCAGAGGAGAAUGCAGCGGGCGUAAUACAUGGCAUAUUUCUACCGCCUGCGACAGCACGACCAGAUCGCGACCUAGGGCUGCCAGCGAGCGAAGCGGACGAUAUCCGGCGACUGCUAGCACUGUACGUGCAGAAGCAGGAGGAGGUAUGUCGGGGCACGUACAAGCUGCAUCGGGGCCUGCUCAAGGCACAGCGGCUGCGCGGGGACGUGCUGCGUUGGUCCAAGGCGGAGGCGCACUGCGGCGCCAACCGCGACAUGUCGGAUGGGGAGGACUGGUACGACAAGGAGGAAUGGGGUCUGGACGAGGAUCUGAAAAAAGGCCACGAGGAGGAGGAGGAGGAUACCACGACGCAGGCCAAGAAGACGCGGGCGCGAAGGUAA